AUGAAAGAUUGGGUCAAUAAAGUAGCAGUUGUGACAGACUGUGGAGAUGACAUAGGUAUCACUAUUAUUGAACAGCUGGCUAAAGCUGGUAUGAUCGUAAUUGGUUUCAAUAAAGAUGAAAAUGUUCUAGAAGGAGUUACCGAAAAAUUUAAAUCUUUGAUCGUAAACAAAAUAAGUGGAAAAAUUGUGUUAUGCCGUUGUGACAUUACGAAAAUAAGUCAACUAGAAAGUGCUUUUGAAAAAAUCCUAGGUGCCUAUGAAGGAGUAGAUGUGUUGGUAAAUAAUGCAUAUUGUAAUACAGAUUGUCUUGUGAACACGGGAAGUGUUGAGGAUUUCAGACAAAUUAUCGAUGUUAAUAUAUAUGCAGUAGUGGCUUUUAUAAGAUUAGUAGCUGCGAAUAUGAUUGAAAAGAAAAAGAGGGGACAUAUUAUUAAUAUAAAUGAUCUCUGCUCUUAUCAACUUCCUGCUGAGACAAGAAAAAGUGUGUUUAUAGCAGCUAAAGCUGCUAUUACAUCAGUUAACGAAAUUUUGCGUCACGAAUUUCGAUAUUUAAAAGCUAAUAUCAAAGUUACUAAUAUUGCUUGUGGAAAUAUAGAGAGUUCAACAGAAGCAGCACAAGAUCAGCCUAAAUUAAAAAUAAGAGACGUUGCAAAGUUAGUCAAGUUAAUAUUGAAUACGCCAGAGGAACUACAAGUGCAUGAAGUUUUAAUAGAUUCAGUGGCUGAAUAG